UGGUCGCCACACACAAGGUUACUUACCGUUGCAGAAAAUAAAACGUGCUCAGCAACACGCUGCUUUUUGUGCGCAGUUAACCCACUAAGGUCGCGACGCAGGAAGUUCAGAACUACUUGACUGGAACAAAACCGAAAGAUUUGGUCCGUCCAUCUUCAAGUCGUCUUUGUGCGUGUUGAAGCUUCGGAGCAUUGUUAUUGCUUGCGAACACAGUCCACGUGGUUCGACGCUUGAACAUCAAGUUGGAGCCUUCUAAAGUGUGCAAAAUGCGCGCAAGAACGACGCCGGACGCGAAGUUUGAGGCGGAACUUUGUGGCGCAAAAGAUCUGCGACAACAUCAACGCUCGACUUCUUGCAAAAUGCAAGUAAAAGUUGAGCCUUGCACACUACCAGAUCUAUAUGUCAGCCAAGCCCAUCGUCCUGAGCACCAAGAGUCUACAUGUAUCAAGGAGGAGGAAGAGUCCGGACCCAUCCAAGGUAAAAGCAAAUAUCUUGGUACUGACGCUCAACAGCUAAAGAGAGAAGUACAACUUCCAAUCAAAAAGGAGGAGGGAGAGCUGCCAUACAUUAAAGAGGAGGACGAUAUCGCCAUGUCGACUGGUGAGCCCUUGAAUAGCGGGGAUGGUCCAAGUGAGGCCUGCACAGGGACGGAGCCUCCAAGCAGCAGGCCAACAGAAGGAUCGCAAACAUACAUUUUCAUCGCACCAUCAGAUAGAAAUGGCGCCACGUCACACACACCUUACAAAGAUGAUUGUCAGAAGAAAUCUCCCCGUGACGACAAACUCUGUAAAUGCUCUCAGUGUGGGAAAACCUUUGUUAAUAACUAUAGUUGCUGCAUGCAUAUGAUGAACCACACUGGUGAAAAUCCUCUUGUCUGCUCAGUUUGUGGUAAAAAUUUCACUCAGAAGAGCAGCUUAGACAGACACACAAGAACCCACACUGGUGAAAAACCUUUUUCCUGCUUAGUUUGUGGUAGAGGAUUCACUCAACUUUACCACUUAAAAGGACACACAAGAACCCACACUGGUGAAAAACCUUUUUCCUGCUCAGUUUGUGGUCAAAGAUUCAGUCACAAAAGCAAUUUAAAAAAACACGAAAUAACCCACACUGGUGAAAAACCUUUUUCCUGCUUAGUUUGUGGUCAAGGAUUCAGUCGUAAGAGUACCUUAAAAGUACACACAAGAACCCACACUGGUGAAAAACCUUUUUCCUGCUUAGUUUGUCGUCAAGGAUUCAGUCGUAAGAGUACCUUAAAAGUACACACAAGAACCCACACUGGUGAGAACCCUUUAUCCUGCUCUGAUUGUGGGCAAGAUUUCAGGUAUAAGAGUGCCUUAAAAGUACACACAAGAACCCACACUGGUGAAAAAUCUUUUUCCUGCUUAGUUUGUGGUAGAGGAUUCACUCAACUUCACCACUUAAAAGGACACACAAGAACCCACACUGGUGAAAAACCUUUUUCCUGCUCAGUUUGUGGUCAAAGAUUCAGUCACAAAGGCAAUUUAAAAAAACACGCAAUAACCCACACUGGUGAGAAACCUUUUUCCUGCUCAGUUUGUGAAAAAAGAUUCACUCACAAGAGUGCCUUAAAAGUACACACAAGAACCCACACUGGUGAAAAACCUUUUUCCUGCUCAGUUUGUGGCCAAGGAUUCAGUCAUACGAGUUCCUUAAAAGUACACACAAGAACCCACACUGGUGAAAAACCUUUUUCCUGCUCAGUUUGUGGAAAAAGAUUCACUCAGAAGAAGUUCUUAAAGGGACACACAAGAACCCACACUGGUGAAAAACCUUUUUCCUGCUCAGUUUGUGGUCAAGGAUUCAGUCGUAAGAGUACCUUAAAAGUACACACAAGAACCCACACUGGUGUAAAACCUUUUUCCUGCUUAGUUUGUGGUAGAGGAUUCACUCAACUUCACCACUUAAAAGAACACACAAGAACCCACACUGGUGAAAAACCUUUUUCCUGCUUAGUUUGUGGUAGAGGAUUCACUCAGAAGAGCAUCUUAGACGGACACACAAGAACCCACACUGGUGAAAAACCUUUUUCCUGCUUAGUUUGUGGUCACAGUUUCACUUUUAAGAAAAACUUAAAAACACACACAAGAACCCACACUGGUGAAAAACCUUUUUCCUGCUCUGUUUGUGGUCAAAGAUUCGCUCAGAAGCAACACUUAAAACGACACACAAGAACCCACACUGGAGAAAAACCUUUUUCCUGCCCAGUUUGUGAUCAAAAAUUCGCUCACAAGUAUCGGAUUAAGAGACACGUGUGUAUUGGUGUGAGAAGCAGUGGCCAAUGACUGUUUUGCCUGUCAUCCAUGCUGCUUUCAUCAGAUUGUACACGCAGGCCAAUUAUAGUCUCUAGUUUCUUCAAAUCCUGUUGAGGAUUGGCAGUAUUGGUGCCUUACAUGUGCUUUGUCCAAUCCUUGUAUGAUGUGGAUCGACAGUAUUUCCAAAAGUAUUGGCUCACCUGAUUCAACUCCCAAGUUGAGUGGCAUUAUUCAUUCAAUACUGUCCCUCUUUCAAACUACACUUUUCACAGCUAAUAUUUGAAACGGGAAAUUACAAAAAUUCUAAAUCAUUCAUCAAUAAUAUAAUUAGAUAAAUAAGGAAAAUUAUGAAUGCCUCACAAAUAUUAGUUUUUUGGGGAGGGGUGAUUACAUAUAAUUUAAAAAAUUACUAUUACUACUCUUGAUUGGCAGUGACAUAUUAAGACAGAGUAUUGGGGCCUAAUAAAAGGAGGGGGAAAAAAUGAUUACGAGAUUAAAGUUGUACUCUUACGACAAGAAAAAACAGUCGUAUUAUUAUGUCGGUGGUAUGUAGCUCAAUAAGGGGCUACGCACUUUAUGUACACGUAGCUUAGCCGGGAGCUCCGACAAAGCAUCAGUAAAAUCCUUCCAUUGAAUAUAAAUGUAUGUAGAUGAGCUAAAAGAUAACGGAUUUCCUUAUUUUGGAAACUGAUUGUAAAACACAGCCUCCCGAAAUGCUUUCAUUAUUGUUGACUUUAGUGGAGGCGGCAAAGCGCUACAGAAAGUACGUGGCUGCUUAUUCAGCUACAUUACCCCUAUGUAACAGGACAACUUUUUUUCCUCGUAGUAACAGAACGACUAUAAUCUCAUCGUCCUCUUUUCUUUAUUUUGCCCUUACACUUUGUCGUACAAAUCGGACAUUGAUGAUUAAAAUUGUUUGAGCUUUUAAUCACUCCAACCCCCGUCGAUGGAAAAUCUCUCGACUCUGCUUCAAAUUUUAAAGUGCUUGUACUUCACUGUGCUUGUUAAUUAAAACUGGCAGUGACAUGUGCAUUUACGUCUUUUUUCUUUUUCUUUUUUUAGUUGAACCCUUUAACACCUAAGCCUAUUUUUUCCCCCAAAUCUACAUACCUUUGAUGUUGCCUUUAUAUUUCAAAGAAAAAAAAUCUAAAUUGCCAUAUUGGGUCCCUUUUUAAGACACCAUAACUAUCCAAACUAUUGUUUUCAUCAACCACUUAUAAUCAACAUGUUGGACCCAAAAAGACAACAAAAAAAAUCAAAACAUUUUUGUCAAAAUUUGUAAUAUUGAUGUCCAAUUGACAACCAAACAUGCUUGACGAAACGUUUUUAAGCGUGAUAUUCAUUCAACUUGUUAGGAUAAAACAUUCAACAGAAAAAAAUGAGGCUGAAUAGUUUUAUAUUUGAAAAUUCAACAAAAAAAGCGUAUGGUCAAAGGCAAGCGUGCAAAA